CUGCGCCUCCCACGUCCCACUCCCACCUCUCCUCCGCCCGCCUCCCGCCUCCCGCUCCGGCUUAUUUAUCGCGCCGCGCGCGCGCGCGGGAGCGCAUAAACCCUUGCGCUUCCCGGCGGAUUAGCAGAGCACUGCCCGCCCGCUUCGGCACGACACGGCGGCGCGGCCUGCCUCGAUGGCGGCGGGGGCGCUGGGAGCGCUGUGCCGGGCCGGUGGCUGGUCCUACGCAGCGAUCUGGCGCUCCGACCGUCGCGACCCGCGGUUGCUUACGAUAGGAGAAUGCCACUGUGAAGAUGAAGCAAGAAAAGUGGUUGAGAAGAUGGUCAAUCAGGUCCAUGUAGUCGGAGAAGGUGUCAUAGGAAGAGCUCUAAUUAGUGGGGAGUACCAAUGGAUUUCUGAUGAUAUCCCCUUCAGUUUGUCUCAGAUAAGCGAUGCAGAUAACCUAGGUUUAUUUCAGGGUUAUACUUGGUGGCAACAUCAGUUCCUCAGUGGAAUAAAGACUAUUGCAGUAGUACCUAUCCAGGCGUUUGGUGUGGCACAUUUUGGUUCCAUGCAAAAGGUUUCUGAAAGCUUAGAGUUUCUGGAUCAAGUUAAAGGUGCACUUUUUCUGAAGGAAAGUAUUUCAUGGCCUCCUUCAACCAAAGAUGUUCAGAAAGAUGUUUUCACGUACAAUCCGCAAUUUCAACUUGAUUCUCCAAGCACCGCAGAGGGUCUUGUGCAUAUUAAGGCUGAGCCAGAAAACACAAAGCUCUUGGAGGACACAAUAACAGUAGAUUCUCUCAAGAACUUUGCCAUUGCUUCAAGUAAUCAUUCUCUGCAUUCUUUCAAUGGUUUCACCUCCAAUGAAAGUUGCAUUGGUCUGAAUCCUCACAUAGUGGCCAUGCCAGUGAACUCCAAGUCAAUCAGUUCUGUUAAAGUAUUUCUAAGUGACAGCAAUUCGCGGCACAGUAAUAUUUCAGAAAAUGCACUACAAAUUACAUCCACUAAACAGCCAGGUUCUAGUCUGACAACUGCAGCUACAAGUUAUUCAAGUUUGACCGAUCUUCCAAGAAUGGAGCACGGGCUGUCAUGCACACCUAACAAGCUACGAUAUUGCCUGCAAAGUGAAAAAUCAAGCUUCCUGGAUUCGUACUCAUCAAUAUUUUCUACAGAAGCUGAUCUGAAAUCUACUUUAUUUGACAAUGACACCCCGUUUGUUCAAGGUGAUGUGAUCCAUGAGGUCGGUACUGCCGGAUCUACUUAUGCUUGUGAGCUCCAGGAAUUACCAAAUGAAAUAUGGGGAGAAGGUGCAGGGCCAACAAAACAAGUAAGAAAAGUAGACAGUGAAAAUCAUGGCUUGCUUGAAAGCACAGCAUUCGAUCCUGUCAUGAAUGAUUGGUGGGAUGACACUGCCCAACUAGCAGGAAACACUACACAUUUUGGUGCUACUGGCACGAAUUCUGUUGCAGGACAGGCAAAUACUGAUCAAGUAUCAGUUGAAGAGAAGGGACUGUUCUCAGAAUGUACCUUUGAGGAGCUGUUUGGCUUUGAUGGCAAUGUUAGCCAUGCUAGCACUGAUCCAUUAGGUGGCUCUGUCUCAGGCUGUCGAUUGCCAAGGUACAACCUUCAAGAUUCAUUAUCAGUGUGCAACGCACAAAUACCAGCAUUGCUGCUCCCUUCCAUUAACUAUGCAUCCGAAAAUGACCAAACUGGAGCAUCAAAGGCAACCCCAAUGUCACUGCAGAAUUUGUCUAUGGAUGAUUGUGGCAGUUUGAACACUGCAAAUUCCAAGGUCAGCCAGGUAAAGAAGCCUGAAGGAGUGAAGGUUGUUAAGAAAAGAGCCAGGCCGGGUGAAACCACGCGGCCAAGACCAAAGGAUCGACAGCAGAUACAAGAGCGCGUCAAAGAGCUACGUGAGAUAGUCCCAAAUAGUGCAAAGUGUAGCAUUGAUGCUUUGUUGGACCGAACAAUCAAGCAUAUGCUCUUUCUACAAAGUGUAACAAAGUAUGCAGAAAAGAUUAAGCAAGCUGAUGAACCGAAGAUGAUAAGCAAGGAUAGUAGCGCAGUGUUAAAUGAUAACUCAAGUGGCGUUGUCCUGAAAGACGAUCCAAGUGCUGGAAGCAGUGGAGGUGCCACAUGGGCCUAUGAGGUUGCAGGGCAGACUAUGGUUUGCCCAAUAAUCGUUGAGGACCUUGCUCCGCCUGGUCAGAUGCUUGUCGAGAUGCUAUGUGAGGAACGUGGAUUUUUCCUAGAGAUAGCAGACACCAUACGUGGAUUUGGACUGACGAUCUUGAAGGGACUGAUGGAACUUCGUGAUGGCAAGAUAAUGGCUCGAUUUCUUGUUGAGGCAAACAAGAACGUGACCAGGAUGGAUAUAUUUUUAUCACUUGUUCAGCUACUGCAGCAGAAUAGCCUCAAUCGAUCUUCGGACCAGCUAACUAAGGUCAUUAACAAUGGCGUUCCAUCUUUCGCGGAGCAUCAGCAAUCUCCUAUAUCAAUUCCAGUCGGCCUUGCCGGGAGAUAGCAAUGACCAAUAUUUGAAGAAAUGUUAACGUAAUAUCUGGAGUGCCGAUUAGCGGUUGGUGAUGACCGUCAGGUGUUGAUAGAACUGACAAUUGUUAAGGAUGUAGCGAACGCACAUUGCGGUGUGAAGAAAAUUCUGUUAGAAGAUGUACAAAUUAUCAUGUGUCGAGUUUAGGAAUAUUGCUGCUGUCGCUUGUAAUGUGGACACUGGAAUGCGCUUAUGCUGGUCAGUUUGUGUGUAGUCAUUAUUGAUUGGCGUACAAAAAAUUGUGAAGAAUUAUCUUAUCUGAAUUUCUAAUCAA